AUGAACAAAACUUGGGGAUGGUUGAAGCAGCUUACACGAUUCGAAGAACAGAUAUUUCGAAAAGCUAGGGAACCGAUUGAGUCAGCUAAAAAUGACGAUCGUUACAAAUCAUACGAUCUUUCUUGGAGUUUGUCUGACCUGGUCCUCGUCACUGCCUGUUUUCAAAUCGAUACCAUUUACUUUUGUGACAUGAGUUACAUGUUCAAAAACGAUUUCAAACCUGGCUUCAUUCAAAUGAUGGUCAUGUACGCUACAUGGGGCCCCGCGUUGAUUUACAUGGAGGUUUUUCUUGGGCAAUAUGUUCGGCACGGCUGCCUCUACCUGAAGAAUAUAGUACCUCUGACGUGCUCUACUAUAGGAUAUGGCAUGCUGUUGACAAUAUAUUUAUACUCCGUUGCCUCUGUCGAACGCUUAGCCGAUACCUACAUGUUCUUCUUCAGAUCGUUCAGUUCCGAACUGCCAUGGAUGAUCUGUCCAGAAGGUUCAACACCAGCAACUUGCAUUGAUCGACCACUGCUACUGAAUUGUUACUUGGAAAAUAGGAAGGACGAGUGCUAUCCAAAGCUGGGAACCGAGCUCCUCUCAUCGAGAAUAUACUACAAGUUAAUCAUACCAAUUUGUUAUUUAUCACUAAAGAACGAACGUAAAACCUUUAAUUAUGAACAUAAACAAGAACGUUUUCUUCACUUUUGUUCUCUGCAGAGCCACUCAUUCGACGUUCGUGAAGAGAGCAGGCCGUUUACUCGUCGGUUGGCUCACUGUGUACAUCACUUUGAAACAGAGUCUCAGGGAUACACUCCAUCGAGCCAUAUCGCCCAGGGUCUCUCUGUAGCACCUUUCUUCAAUUUACGCAUCAGUGGUCUUUUGAACGUGAAAGCAUGGCUUGCAGCCUUCAAGGACUUCUUAAGAGACCACGCUAUAGUUCGCGGUGGGUAUCAGUUGAUUGGGUGUCGCAUUAAGCCAGGAUCGACCACAGCAAAUCUCACAAUUUGUUCGUGUGCUCUCACUUACAUGAUUAGUGUCAUUUGCCAGAUGUUUUCAACGGGCAUACUAGGCGUACUGUUGUUUUACAUGAAAGUCACCAAUGUUGAAGAGGAGCUCUAUUUUCCAGAAUAUGCAAAGCUCUUCAACUUUUAUCCCUUCGCACUAGGAAUGCUGCCAGUUCGGCAAGUGUGGAGCUUGAUCUACUUCAUGUUUGUGGCCUUAUUGUCGACAUCUUACACUAUAGGAAACAUGGCGGUGCUUGAAGAAAGUAUAUACGACAACUUUCCAGUGGUGUUGCGGUACCGGAGCUAUGUCAAAGUCGCAAUAUGCACUCUUGGAUUUCUAAUUGGAGUCCUUACCGAUCUGAUGAUUGACAAUGAAUCAGACGCUUACGAAGACGAGCCUAUACUGAAGAUUGGACAGCGACUGACAAUUGUUGCUUUAUUGAUCCUGACAAUCAGUGUUGGGUACGUUUAUGGAGUUGAACAAUUCUCCGAUGAUAUAAACUUUUUGAAUGGAAGUCAACCAAAUACCUACUGGAAGAUAUGCUGGAAGAGUUUACCAUUCGGAAUAUUGGUAUAGCACUUGGAGACAAGACUGAAUACUAAAUAUACAUUUAAUAAACCAAUUUAGAUAUUGUUCAGCAGUGAGGUAAUCGACAUCAGUUUCCCGCCUGACAAUGUAUCUGGAAUGGUAUCGAAUAUCCUCUACGUGAUCCUGUUGAUCGUGGCGUUACUCUUUAUGCUCCGUCAAAUUGUAAUAUCCAUUAAGGCUAGAAACGUUACGGGCUUGUUAUUUCAAGCUACGAUGCUUUGGGGACCACCAUCGGACGAAGAUCGCCGAAUGCGCAGGAUGUACAAUCCGCGUGAAGAAACCAAAUACUGGAGGAAGAACAGCGAGUGCACUCACCACUGUCUCAUUGAAAAAGACAUUCUGCUCUCUGUUAUUCGUCGCGAGAUUGAUUCAAGAACUAACAGAGCCAGGCGCAAUGACACGUUGCAGCAAGACAUGACUGCGGUAACAAAAUCGAUGAAAAAGAAUCAGAAGGUUUUUUCCAUCGACAAGGUAUCCAGUGAAGAGUUAGAAACUUUCGAAGAACAAGUGAAUGAGAAAUUGAAGUUUCUUAAAAAAAUCGAAGAGACGGAAGCUGAACUAAAGCACGAGCAGAUUAAAGCUCUAAGGAAUAAUGUUACAGCCGCAAAAUCUAUUGACGAAAUGGACAACCGAGUGAGUCGGCGAUGUAACUGGUUUUUGUGCUACGGCAACAAGUUCGUGCUGAUUAUUUUGUUGUACAGAUUGAACAAAUGAUUGACCAAGCAGAGCGCAGAGUUCUGCUGAAGGCAGAGAAUAGCUCAAGCCGGGUGGUAAAUGCACCCUCCAAAGUAAAACAGUACAGGUUGCCCCUGUUUGUACCGAAAGAGACACCACGCCCAAAGAAUGUUUCAAAGACCCCGGUUAAGACUGAACCCGAAGACAAGCGAAAUAAAGAAUUUGCCACGUUCCAGGCAUAUGUGACCCACGUUCCGAAUUUCGUCCUGGAACAACCGACAGUAACUCUUGAAUCAACCACACUCCUGAAAAGCACACAGAAGGGAGAAAAUUCAAGGCCUCCAAAGUUUUCUACGACACAAAAGUGAUUCUAAAACUAGGGAUGCUUUCUCCAGUUGAAGUUUUUUUUUUGCAAAAUAUGCAAUGAUCAAUACCAGUCUUCCAUUAUUGAUUGAUGAUCGUUAUUCCUUCAUGCAAUAACAUCUGAUAUUUCAGGAUCUAUAAUCAGAAACCGCAAGCAACCCAAGCAAUGAAUCAUUCCACAAUUGGCAGAGUAUCGUCGGGUCGUUUUACCUGCCAGUUUGAGUCACCGAAGACCAAACCUGGUCUACCCAGCUGGCCCAUGUCUCUGGACACUGUACAGCCCGUUGCCUCCCCUAGACAGUCACAAUUCUCAGUCUCUAGAUGCACUGCAUUGAAGGAAGGAAACCAUCCACCAUCAGAUGACUUGUUGAGCACACACACACCUCUGAAUGUCAGCUCUGCUUUCCAAGCAUUUACAGUUGAUGUCCAACGAUCGGCAAGCGCUCCUAAGACUCCCGAGUGCUCAAUGGCUUCCUCGGAACUCUCAUUACUGAACCACGAUCCAGUUCUGCGUGAAAUCAUUCGUUCGGUUCAUCCCGAUAUUUUUAAAGUUAAGGUCGCAGCUUUUUAUUUCUACAGUCUGCAAAAUAAUCAUGGGAAUAUAAGUUCUGGUGAGUUUUGAAAUCACCAACCGCUCAUUUGUAGAUUGGAACUGUGCGUGGCCUUCAGUCUCCAGUAAAGACUUCGAGCGAUGUGUUUACGUCAAGUCCGCCAGUAGAGAAGCAUAAGUCUAAGAACCACUCACUUCUAGAUUCGCGAGUUCAAUUGCGACGUAAACCAAUAAUAGGUGAAUCUGUUAUACAAAAAACCGGCCACGUGUCCGGUAUCAAAGGAAGGAUCGCUCAGCCACUGGAAAGAAGUAAGAUGAAUGGUAAAACAGAGGUUUCAAGCAGAGAGAAAAAAAAAUCAACUGUUAAUACUGAUCAAGCGAUAAAAAUUCGCAUAGACAAACUUUUACAUGGCAUACAAGAUCUUGGACCAAUGAAGACGUCCAAGCCAAUAAAUUAUUUUGGCAUUUGUACUGCAACAAACAGCAAUACUCAGGAACUUGAAAUAUUGUCGAAAAAGCAAUUAAGUAAUACAGAAAGCAAGAGUAGCCAAUCGUCUAUCUAAGCAAGAAAAGCACGUUGCACAAAAAUUAAAGAGGGCUAGCCAACCUCCCAGUAGAAAAUUUAUUAGUUAAAAUAUGGAGGAUGCGAUAUGAUGUUACUGCCCAAAAUGUUUGUAGAAAAACUACCUCAUACGUGAAACUGGAUCAAUAUAAGGCUUCGCCGUCAGUGUAAAAUAUCAGAGUGAGGCAUGAUGAGGACAAUCACUUAUAUAAAGUCUUUUCGAGUCAACUGACACAAAACGUUAUAUAUUAGAAGACAACUUUGUGAUCGAAAAAUUGACUGAACUAAGUAAAAAAAAUAUAUAUUGAUAGCUUUACGGCAUUGUCGUAUUCUUCAAACAUCAUAGAGAAAUUUUAUUUUUUUUCCUUUUUGGCAAAAUGAUUAGUUGUGAAUUAAAUGUUGUCAAUAAAAAAUUUAGAGGACUUUUGUUUGAAACAAUGCUAUUCUAGAAACUUCAUUUAACAGUAGAUACUGGUAGAAUUUUAUCCACAAACUCUAAAAUAGAAAUCAGAUGAAUAUUCGUCAUUAGUGAAAAUUAAACUAUAUGCUAAAGAAUUAUUGAUUCUUUUGAAUCUACAGUACUUCUGUCAGUCUAUAUAUUUUAUCCAAUAUACUCUAAGGCCCUUCGAAAUCCUUCAAUGUGUGUAAAAUGUUAAUAAGUCAUGUGAUAUUAAAAUAUAGUGUGUCCGGAAGGUCGUCAACACAAUAGUAAAUUUUCCCGAGUUUUACAAAUUUGGUUUAUUUCACAUGAAGUAAAAUUCUGUAUCCACUUGAUGUGUGUUGUAAUAAAAUAUAUUAUCAAUACAAGUAUCUAUAAUAUGCAGUAUUGUACAAGAUAAUGAGUCUUAUUACCUAGAUCAAGAUAAGAUUAUUCAUGUACAUAUAAAAUCAUCUAUAUAAAACGAAACAUAAUUUGCCAUGUAUCUUUCUCGAUAAAAGAUAAGAUCAUCGUAACUAUCAUCUAGAUAAUCAAAAAAAUAUCGACAAAAACAAGAGAUCCACAAUCUAAUGUGAAAAGAGAAACGUUUAUUUCGUAAAAUAUUUCUUUGAGCCUAGCUCAACGAAAUGUCGCAAUAAUUUUUUGCUGAGAUCGGAUUUAGACUAUUUUCAUAAGCGUACAAUUAUCAACGGUUUGUUGAUGUUCCCUGAUGUUGUUUUGUUACAGUUAUAUGUUUUUUACCAUAUAAUAAUAAUUCAAAGUUUCUAUAGUUGAGCUUGUAUAAAAGAAGUCAAAUGAACAGGAAAUUGACCUGUACUUAAUAUCCGAAACUUUUGACCAUCUU